ACCCACAUUAGGUACCCCUUGACCAGCGUUCCUGCAUUAAUCCAACCUAGCAUAGCAAUCUACAUACAUAUUUAUUAUAAAUUCUGUGUCUUUCUGUAUAUCUGCAUAUGCUGGAAUCUUGAAUUUUGUGUUUGGCUGCAAUGCUGGAUUUCUGGUCUGGGUUUUUAACUUUCUAAUGUACUAAUUUUGGAAAGGACAUAUAUGUCCUGAGGUUCUGGAAAUUGGUUUUCAUUUCUUUUUAAUCUCUUAUUUUUCUUUUGUUGUUGGCAUUCUUGAAAUUUUGGAUUCUUUGGAACAUUGUGAUCUUGAGGCAUAUGUUUUGUUUGGUAACAUGGAAAUAGAAAACUGGAAAAUCAAGAAUCUGCUAUGAAAUGUCAAUUUGGUUUGCUGAAUAUGAUACUACUGAUGCGGAAAGCUUGGGUCUUUGGUGGCUGAUUAUCUGGUGUUUAAAUGCAUCUGUUUAACAGAAUAUAUUGUUGCAGACUUAUGAGCUGCAUUUGUUCAAAGGGUUCUUCUACAGAUGAUUAUGUUGUUGAACAUGAAAAAGAAAAAGAAAUACAAGUUGAUAAAUCCUCUGUACAGUUGGUAGCUCCAUCAGUUAGAGAGGAGAUUAAAGAAAUAGUUAAUCCUAAGAUUGAAAAACCUAUGAACUCAAAACUCAAUGUGACAUCAGAAACCAAUGUUGUUUCUGUACCUGCAGUAGAAGUUGAUGGUAAUGAGAAAACUAGGAGUGCAAAGAGGCCUAAGGAAGGCCGUCUUAAGAGACAAUUAACGAUGGAUAUUGGACUGCAACGAUCAAAGUCUUGGGUUGUAAGCAUGCCUCAUAGUGCAGAGGGAGAACUGAGUGCUGCAGGUUGGCCGUUAUGGCUAAGUUCGGUUGCACAAGAAGCAAUUCAAGGGUGGGUUCCUCGAAGUGCAGAAUCAUUUGAAAAAUUGAACAAAAUUGGUCAAGGAACAUAUAGUAAUGUUUACAAGGCCCGUGACCUUAAAACCAAUAAAAUUGUUGCAAUGAAGAAAGUAAAAUUUGUCAAUAUGGAUCCGGAAAGUGUUCGCUUUAUGGCAAGAGAGAUUUUUAUUUUGCGUAGAUUGGACCACCCAAAUGUUAUGAAACUUGAGGCUUUGGUCACAUCUAGGAUUUCAGGCAGCUUAUAUCUCGUUUUUGAAUACAUGGAGCACGAUCUUGCUGGCCUUGCAGCAGCACCUGGGAUCAAAUUCACUGAACCACAGAUAAAAUGUUAUACACAACAAAUGCUUCGUGGACUUGAACACUGUCAUAGUAGGGGUGUACUUCAUCGAGACAUUAAGGGUUCAAAUCUUCUAAUUGGUGAUAAUGGUGUUCUAAAGAUCGGAGACUUUGGUCUGGCAACGACCUUUGAGCCCAACCAAAAGCAGCCAUUAACAAGCCGUGUUGUAACUCUGUGGUAUAGGGCCCCUGAGCUUUUGCUUGGUGCAACAGAAUAUGGAGUGGCCAUUGAUAUGUGGAGUGCUGGCUGCAUCCUUGCUGAAUUAUUUGCUGGAAAGCCUAUCAUGCCAGGAAGAACAGAGGUGGAGCAAAUGCAUAAGAUUUUCAAACUUUGUGGUUCACCUUCUGAAGAGUAUUGGAGGAAAUCAAAACUUCCACAUGCUACUAGUUUUAAGCCACAGAACCCAUACAAGCGCUGUAUAGCUGAUACAUUCAAGGACUUUCCUCCGUCAGCUUUGGCCCUUGUUGACGUCCUACUUUCAAUAGAACCAGAAAAGCGUGGCACUGCUUCUUCUGCACUCAAUAGUGAGUUCUUCAAAACAAAGCCCCUACCUUGUGAUCCAUAUACUCUACCAAAAUAUCCUCCAAGCAAGGAAUAUGAUGCUAAGGUUCGAGAUCACGAAGCAAGAAGGCGAAAGGCUAAGACCAUAAAAGGACAUGGAGGCGAAUCAACAAAGAAGUCGCCGAGACAAUCAAAGGAAAAACUAACAACAGAAUUCAAUGCUCACAAACAGGGACAGCCUAGCAAAAGCAUCAGUGUGAAAUACAAUCCUCUCGAGGACAAUGGAACUGGUUUCUCGAUAGAGCCACCAAUACUGAGAUACAGGAACAGACUCGCUCAUUCUAAUUCAGUGAUCCAUCCUAAUACAGCUGGUUACACGUGGUCAAACAAAGUAAAGGAGGAUUCAAGUGCAAUCACUGAACGAGCAUAUGCCGCUUCCCAACAUGGUGUAGAGCUUCUAAGGCAGGGUUCUCACAAGCCUCGAGCUGCAGGAGAGUUUUCAAGCAUUCGUUCAAGGAGAGAUGAUAGGUCAUCUUUUGGGGAUUCCACGGUUUAUGUGCCAAAGAGAAGUAGAAGAAUCCUAUCUGGACCACUAGUGCCAGCAGGAGGAAGUAUGGAAGAUAUGUUAAAGGAACAUGAGAGACAAAUUCAAGAAGCAGUUAGGAAAGCACGUCAAGACAAGACGAGGACCAAAAACAACUGAUUCCUUCUCUUCUGGCGGAAGGAUUCUUAUGUAAUUUCAGUUUUCUGCACAUGAAAUCCACAUUUGUACAGGGCCUAAGAGGAGAUAUAUCUAUUGUCCAUUUCAGCAGUAAAGGUUCUUUCCAUUUCCCCCGAGGAAAAAGUUCUGAAACCUUGAAGUUAAUGUUCGUUAUCGAGUAAGUGACAUAUUAUACCUUUUAGGGUGGGUAAUUUGCUUUGUAUAGUUUGAAGAAUUUGCUUGUUCCUAGUUACAUGUCUCUGUUUACAAUGUAAAUCCAUUUAUUGUUUAAUAUCUAGAGAACUGAAUCUCAGUAGUUUGUUAUGGAAUAUGGAUAGUGUUGUAGAGGGGAACUAAUUCCUUUGUAAUUUAUUCAGAGGAUGGAUCAGAAAUAGUAUAGUUGAA